ACACAUUAUUUUCUCCCACAAAAUUCCUUCACACACACAUGCACACAUACACCUAUCUAUAUAAUAGUAUUAAGGCAAAGGGAUUUGAGAGUGAUUUAUUUGCUCUCACAAAAUUCCUUCUCUUCCUUUAAUCUCUCUUUCUCCCUAGCAUUAGACAAAGACACAUUUUAUUCCAUUUCAAACACACACAUAUCUAUCUAUAUAUCUUUACAAAGCCUUCACAAAUCAAUCACAAAUCAUUGAGGAAUGAACACAUCCACUUCUGAUUGCACCAGCGGCUGCGAAUCCGGGUGGACUACCUACUUGGUUCAUCCCUCCAACUCGACAGAUCCGUACACACACUACACGCACUACCAAGGCAAAGGAGCCAACGCGCAUGAUCAAGAAGAUGAAGAUGAAGAUGACAAAGAUGAAGAAGACCUUUCAAUGGUCUCGGAUGCCUCAUCGGGGCCUCCACAUUUCCCGCCCCCGCCUCAGCAAGACAAAAAACAGAAAAGUAAACCAAAAGAGACAAAGUUGAAGAAGAAGAAGAACAAGAAGCAACAUAGCUUGUGCCUUGAUGAUACUGCCAGCUCUCAUUUCUUGCAGGAAGAGAUCAAGAUGCCAAAAAAGAAAAUGGGAUUCUUGAAAUUAUCAGGCAGUUUGCUGGGAAGAAAAAGGCAGUAACUAAGAAAGAAGGAAGACAUAUGUUUCUAUCUCUCUCUCUCUCUCUGUGUCUAUUUUGUUCUUCAAUUUCUCAAGAAAUUCUAUUUCUCCUUUUAUUUA